CCUGCCUGCCUGCCCUGCCCCGCAGAGGGGGAGGGAGGGAGGGUGGGAGGGGCUUGGAGAGAGGCGGCAAAGAGUUUGGAAAGAAAGAGGGGGGAGCGGGGUGGAGGCGGACCGCCGCCGGAUGGCUUGCUUCUUCGUCAGGGUGCGCCGCACGCAGGGGUGGGAGAGGACGAGCAUUGCCGGGCCAGAGCAACGGCCGCGGCAGGCUCCCACCCGGGCGCGAGCCCUCUCUCGUGUUGCUUUGCAAUUUUCGCUUUUGCCAUCGUCAUCGUCAUCGCCACCGUCGUCGUCGCCGUCAGCAGCAGCGAGAGGGGGGAUGGGGGAAGAAGAAAGGCGCGGACGGGGGGCAGCCGCGCCCUGCGGCACAGCUGCCCGCCCUUCCCUCCUUGCUUGCUUCCUUGCUUCCCACUCCUCCCCUUCGCAGGACCGAACCAACGAACGGACGGACGAACGGGGAUUUGGGGGCUCGAGGGCCCAGCCUCACCCCGGCCCGCACGCGCGCGCGGGGACGCGGCGCGUGAAGGGGAUGGGGGAGGGGAGUGUGAUUGCCGGGGGUUUCUUUCUCUCUCGCCGCAAGGGUGUCACGACCCGGGAUCUAGCUCGACGCUAUCGGCAGGACGUGGCCGAAGCGAGAAGAACCGCGGGGGCUCGACCGUCGCGAGGGGGAGGCCGCGCGGGGGCGGCACUCGGAAACCAUUCCGAACGUCUAGACGGGAGCGGUCGCCUGUGUGAAGGGCAGGGCCACAAGCCGACCGAGAAGCGGGGCGGCACGGGGAAUGGUUACCCCGGCGACCCCCGGCCGGCUGCGUGGCGCGAGCCCGCGACCUUUGCUGUGCGCUGCGGGAAGGCAGGCAAGGGAAGAGGUGCUCUCCUUCUUGCCUGCUGCCGACCCGAACACAACGGGAGGAGUCGGGUUCAGGGAGAGAGGGAGGGUCGAGGAGAAGGAUGAGGAAAAGGGGUGGGG